AGUGUAUGCAGCACCGCCGCCGCCACCGCAGCUGCUGCAACGCAUCAAAAGCGUAGAAAUAGAGGGGCAAACAUGCACAUAUACUUAGUCGACAGCGGCAGUCUUCGCUCGUGAGCAUCGAGUUCACAAUCUGAGCGAGUCCCUCGCUCAGUGCCUUUCGCGUGAAAAAUCCGUGGAGUGGACUGGUUAUUUAAAAAUGGCGGACGCUUCGUCUUCCGACACUACCUCAGAUUCGUACUUCAACGAAUGUUUCUCAGAUAUCUCCUCGGAGAAGUCCUUUGAGUACGUCGUCGACAGCCAGAGGACGAGCCUCAUAACCCGGCGCAACGAGAGGAACUUUUUGCAGAAGCUCUACACGCGCGAGAUAAGAGGAUCUUUAACGCAGCACAACUAUGCUCCUGAAGAAAGGCUUUUUACGACAAUACCCUCGUGGCGUCACCUAUCAUUGUUGCAAGUUAUUCCCAAAUCUGCUCUCCAAGCAGGGCAUAUUGUUAUGGGGCUCACACAGUGCGGACGAUUUUUAUUAACAUAUACAUACAAUGUUGACGUUGGAGUUCUAGGAAGCCUUUUUAAGUAUUUUUUACACUGGUGGGCUUUCACUCCUAAUCGAGUAGCUCGAAAAGUAGCUGAAGUUACUUUAUUUGGUAAUUAUAGUAUCUACAAAGAACUAAGUAUUGUUAUUGCUCAGUGGCCAACAGAGAGGAAUAAGCUAGUAAUACAUGGCCUCUGUUCAAAUUUCCAAAUAAUGCAAUCACAGCAAACAGAUAAAGCAUUUGUUACUAUGACUACAGUUCCGUCUCUUAGUAAUUGUAAGGAUUGUCAAAGUAUAGCAUCCUCAUACGAAGAGGAUGAUUUGGCUGCCAAUUGGGAUACCUGUGUGCGUUGUAACUGUUUGCAACAUGGCCUCACAGUACACACAGCGUAUGAAGUUAUUUCACCUUAUCCAAAAUUUCGAGCACCUGUUUGUUUGAAUUAUUCAAAUCACAUUGUGGUGAAUACAGGAAAUUUCUUACACGUGCUCAGGGUGGAUUUGGACAAUGUCAAAGAGAAAAAUCAAAGAACUAUAGAAAAGCAAGAUGCAUCUCUCGUUGACAUUGAACAAUUAGAUGUGAUUAGCAUCAGCGAGGCAGAAGAAACAAAGGCUGAACAAUACGAUAGUUUAGAUGAUAAAGAAUUGACUCCAGAGAGUGCAUCUGUGGUUUCGCCAAAAUGUGACUCUACCAUAACUGAGUACGAUUUCAAUGAUGAAAUGCAAUGUAGAGUGUAUGACAGAACAGAAAGUGAACAUUCAUUAAAUACCUCUAGCAGCAAUCAAAGCGAUUAUAUCUGUGAUAAUAAUAAAUCUAGUAUUAGUUUGAGUGAAAAAGUAUGUAUGUGUUUGGAUAAUAUGCAGUGUCAGUGUGGUAAUUCCAGUAGUUCAAGUUGUCAAACGGAACAGCAAGCAAUUUCAGUUAGGGAUAAAAUUUUACAAGACUUUUGUGAAGACAUGUCGCAAGAACUGAGCAUAGGUAGUGAUCUUAUAACGUUAGUGAAACAUCCUCCAUGCUCUCCCAGGUCAACUCCACAGAGGCUGCCCUCAGAUUGGAAAACAACUCCUUGGUCACCUUCACCUGUACACACGCCACCAUUAGACAUUUUAAAAACACGAAACUCAGAUUCUAGUCACAGGAACUCACCACAACCUGGUGCAUCUCAGGGUAACUCAUGCAUCAACAUCACAUCUUUCAAUUCGCCUCUCUAUACCCUUUCCAUAGGAAGCACGACACCGUCAUCUCCUCGCUUGAUGUCACCACCAAUCACGAAAUCAUUCAGACCCACAAACUCCCGAAAACGAACGAACAUCGUAUCUCCUACAUCAAACUUGAAUUCCCAACCCCGAACUCGAGCGAGUUACAAACUCAAUCUCGAAGCGGAAAAGGCUUACGAAUUUACAGAUGAUGCUCUGGAAACGUGCGAAAAACUAAGUUCGUUUAGGAAACGACGACUCGCCGACAAAAAGUACGAAUUCUGCGACGAAACUGAGGACGCCGAAAAUAUAGUUCCUUUCAAGCACGUUCGUGAUCAAUCCAAGCACCGUGGAUGUUCGAUAUAUCAAAUUUCACCGGUUGCUUCGCCCUUGCCUAAUGGUAGACGCCAUCAAAUAGAUUCAGAACACAGUGAGUCAGAGGACUUCAAUUCUCAAGAUUCGCAUGCGCUUGGUGAUAAUAUAUACGACAUGACUGAAAAAAAUGUAUUAAGACCACUCAAUCAAAAUCAGUUGUUGCCUAAUCUUUGCCGCGAACGGACUAACAAGCCAUGCUUAAGCAAUGUUUCACCUUUAGUUCCUAAAGCUACACUGCAAUAUCCUUUAAUAAAAUGCACGUCACAUUUCAAGCGCAGUUAUAUUCAUUUGGACGAUGAGAGGACUUCUGUUAUUACCGAUGUUGAAGAUGAAGAAACUGGCGGAUAUGUAAGUUAUCAAUGUGUGCUUCCUAUGCAGGUUCAUGGAGCAGAUUACGUUCAAAUGGGAAUGAUAAGCAAUGCCAAAGCAGAAAAACUGAAUGUACCGUGCGUUUCAAUACAUCAGAUGAGUUUUGACAUUGAAACAUUCUCCCAUCAUAUUGCGGACUGGCAAUGUAAAUUAUUCAAAAAGAAGUAUUGGCACUGUAGCGACUACGAUAUAGAAAUUAUUGACAUAUGCGCUCUAAGUGGCGACAUAAUUCUUUUACUUAUAAUGAAAGUUCAGACCAGUGAGCAGGGACAAUGUACGGAUGACAGAAAACAGCACGUUGCUGGGUGCAAAUUCACGUGGAACGUUGAUUCGAAUCAAUACAGAAUAACCGAUAUUUUAAAAAUGAAAGAAGUCAAGUCUGAUCUCUUAUUUUCCGAUAAAUCUCACGGUGGAUCUCUUAACUUUCCGUGGAACCCAACAAAACUCAUAGCACCCUUGAUGAGACAAAAAAUUCAACAGCCUUAUGCUCGUCGUGUCCGUUUCUUAAGCAAUGAAUUGACUUUGUCAGAUGAAUCCAUCACGAGAAUGAAGGACUUUGAUAACCUCGUAGAAUUUUAUAUUACGCCGAUGCCUAAUUGUUCUUAAGUAAAAUAAUUAAUGCAAUAGAAGUAAUAAAUUAUUCAUUAAAAGAUAUGGUUACUGUUCUUUUAAUGUUAAUAUUUUUUGUAAAUAUUCUGUAUUGUAUUUCUUUGUACAAUUUUAAUAUACAUUAAACAUUGAUCCCUCGGAUCAUACGUGACUAUAUUGGAUAUAAAAA